AAUGAACCACCUCUUGCUUAUUAUCGAUUUCCAAUUAUCGGGCAUACUUGGAGAUUUUUAACAGAUUGUGAGAAGUUAAUUUUAGAAUCUCGAGAAAAGUAUGGAGAGACAUUUUCGUUAUAUGUAUUUGGUCGAGUAAUAACCAUAGCGGGAAAUGUAACAACUCAUGAAAUACUCCAAAAAGAUAAAGAAUUUAGCUUUUUCAAAGCCAGUGAAAAGAACCUCCAGCUAGAUCGCAUAUUUAUUGGUCAAGAUUUAGAUAAAAAUAAUAGAUUAAUAAUAGAUUGUUUCCAAGGAAAAUUAAAACAUUUUAGAAGUAGAUUACAAAAAAAAAUUAUUAAAGCUAUAGAUCUUUAUAUUGGCGAAUGCGUUGAACCGAAGAUUAUUCGUGCCCCAUAUAAAACUACAAUGGAUAUUUUGGCAAUUCCGGUUGCUAACCUCAUUAUUGAUGAUGAUUAUUGUAAUAAUGAGGACAUGUUAGAGGCCAUUAAAACAAUAAUUCAUUCAUUGACUAAAGUUUUUUUCGUGCCACCAAUAUUAUCUUUUAUACAUCCUUGGCUUCAUAAACAAUUUAUUUCAAUUCCAUUUAGACUUGGAUGGAAUCCGAUUUCAAAACAAAGAAAUUUAAUUCUUAGUCGUGUUAAACCGGUCAUCGAAAAGCGUCUUUAUGAUAAAAAGAGAUUAGGUGAUGCCUGGGUUGCACCACUAGAUGUAUUGCAAUACUUAUUAGAUGAUAUAACCCCUGAUUUCAAUCCAGAUAACGUAAAUUAUAAUUAUAUUGUUAAUUCGAUCAUGGGUCUUAUUUUGGCUAUAAUCGACAAUCUGUCUGAUAGUACUUUCCGCGCUUUAUAUGAUUUGGUAGAAAGGAAUCAACGUUAUUGGCAUGAUUUAUGUCAGGAGGCUCGGGAAAUUAAUAAACAAUCUAAUGGGAAUGAUCUUACGUUUGAUGACUUGAAUAAAAUGAUGAAAUUGGAUAGUUUUAUUAAAGAAUCUUUAAGGGUAUCUGCUAGUUUUGUAGUUGGUGUAGAGCACUUAUGUACCUCUAAAUCUUACUAUACGUUUAUAAAUAGAUAUCAAGUCCCAAAUGGUCGUUUAGUGUACAUAAACUUUACUGAUACAAAUCAGAAUGAAGGACUUCAAGGUCAAAAUCCCACAGAAUUCUAUGCAUACCGCCAUCUGGAACGUAAUUCUUCUGCGACAAAACUUGAACUUACUACACCACUUAUCAUGUGA